AUGAGUGAACCGGAUUCUAAUCUUUCUGAUAAAAAGAGAGUACGAUUUGCUCCAUUACCUGCUCGCAGACAAUCAGUUCGUAUAAAUGAAGGUAUCGAAUAUCAAGAACCUCAAAAGGAAAAAGAAGAUAAACAAGACGAAGAUGACAGUUUCCAUAGUGACUCUGACUCAUCUGAACAGAAGGAGGUUCCAAAAGAAAUUACAGAAGCGAAAAAUCAAUGGAAUCAAAUUGAUUCUCAACAAAAACAAUUAAAUACCAAUCUUCCAACCGAACAUGGCGUUGGAGGAACAAUUAUAGAUCGCUCUUCCCCAAUAACUUAUUAUGAUGCAUCAAUUUAUUUAAUAAAUCAAUCGAAGGAAAUAGAAUGCGCAGUGCCUGCUCUUAAAUUUACAUCAAAAUCAUGCUUUUGUUUCCCAAAGAAACCUUCUCAAGGCGCAGUUACUGCCUUUGGCGAAGCAUAUAAAAUAUGCAAAAUCGAUUUCAAGGAAGAUGAUUUGGUUCAUCAUAGAAUUCUUACAAGCCUUCACGUAGCAUUAACAGGCAUAUCAACUCCACCUCUGAGGGUUGGUCCUCAUUGGGAAGAUGUUGGUUUUCAAUCAUCAGAUCCAAUAACAGAUCUUAGAGCUUCUGGAAUGCUCGGAUUACUUCUACCUUUAGGAAUGCUUGUGAAAUUUAAAGAAUUUAGCCACAGAAUCAUACGAAUUAGUAGAGGUGACUCACCUUUUCCAUUAAUGGUUGUUCUUAUUGUUUAUACGAAAGAAACAGUUGAAGCAGCAGAAACUACAGAUUUACUUGACGGUGUUAAUACAACAGAAGAAGCUUGGCGCAGAAUGCUGUUGUAUUUCACCGGCCUCGUUAAUGUUUUGGUCACAGACUGGGUCAGAGACUUCUUGUGCUUCAAUACUGACUUCAACCAUUUUACAGUUGUCGCUGCAAGAGGAAAAUUAAAUCCUCUUGACAUUGUUAAGUGGGGUGAAAAGGCAGAACAUGAAGAUGAUAUGGCACAGAAGCCAGAAUUAUCACAAGAGCAUUUAGAAGUCUAA